AUGCCCGCUCAAGCCGCCCUUUUAAUCGGGGACAUCACCCACGCUCGGAAGGAGUGGGAGGAGCUGUCCUCGAUCUUGACUUUGAAGACCUUCCCCGAGGGAACGCGGGCUCAGUUCCUGCAAAACUGCAAGGAGGGCCAGUACGACGAUGUGGUGGCUAUCUACCGGUCGAACGUGUCGACCAAGAUGCUAGAGAUGGUUCAUGCUGAUCCAUGGAAGUUCACUGGCCCCUUCGAUGCGGAACUGGUUGCUGCUCUCCCCCAGUCGCUGAAAUACAUCUGCCACAAUGGCGCCGGUUACGAUAAUAUCGAGGUUCCUGCUUGCUCGCAGCGAGGGAUUGCCGUCUCCAGCACUCCAGUCGCCGUGAACAACGCUACGGCCGAUGUCGGCAUUUUUUUGAUGAUCGGGGCUUUGCGCCAGGCCUACGUCCCCCAGACAGCUAUCAGAGAAGGCAAGUUCCUUGGAGACAGCACACUCGGUCAUGAUCCUCGAGGCAAGAUCCUUGGAAUUCUGGGAAUGGGUGGUAUCGGUAGGGAAAUGGCGAUUCGCGCCAGGGCGUUUGGCAUGAAGAUCCGGUACCACAACCGCUCAAGACUACCGGAAGACCUCGAGGCUGGUGCUGAGUACGUCUCCUUCGAUGAGCUGCUCGCGACGUCGGAUGUCCUCAGUCUGAACCUCGCGUUGAACGCCUCGACGCGCCAUAUUAUCGGCGAGCGCGAGUUCCAGAAGAUGAAGGACGGGGUAGUCAUCGUCAACACGGCCCGCGGCGCGCUGAUUGACGAGAACGCACUGGUUGCUGCCAUUGACUCGGGCAAGGUCCAAUCCGCUGGUCUGGACGUCUACGAGCAGGAGCCCUCGGUCCACCCAGGGCUGUUGAAAAACCCGCGGGUGAUGCUGACGCCUCACAUCGGCACCAUGACCUAUGAGACACAGAAGGAGAUGGAGAUCCUGGUGCUGGACAACCUUCGCUUGGCGGUCGAAAAGGGCGAGCUCAUCACGCAGGUUCCGGAGCAGAAGAAAUAA